CGGGGAGGGCAGAGGAGAGGAGGAAGGAAGAAGCCGCUGCUGGAGGUGGUGGCGGCGGUGGUGGUGGUGCUGCAGCAGCCGCGGGCAGAGCCUCCCCCUCCCGCCGGGCCGGGCGGGGCGGGCUCCGGAGCCGAGAUGUCUCAGGAGCGGCCCAAGUUCUACCGACAGGAGCUGAACAAGACGGUGUGGGAGGUGCCCGAGCGCUACCAGAACCUCUCCCCAGUCGGCUCCGGGGCCUACGGCUCAGUCUGUUCUGCCUUUGACACAAAAACUGGGUUGCGCGUGGCUGUAAAGAAGCUGUCCCGUCCAUUUCAGUCUAUCAUCCAUGCCAAAAGGACCUACCGAGAGCUACGGCUGCUUAAGCACAUGAAACACGAAAAUGUGAUUGGUUUGUUGGAUGUGUUCACCCCUGCCAAGUCACUGGAAGAAUUCAAUGAUGUGUACUUGGUCACACACCUUAUGGGAGCAGAUCUGAACAACAUUGUGAAAUGCCAGAAACUCACCGAUGACCAUGUGCAGUUCCUAAUAUAUCAAAUUCUUCGGGGACUGAAGUACAUCCAUUCAGCUGACAUAAUACACAGGGAUUUAAAACCUAGUAACCUAGCUGUAAAUGAAGACUGUGAGCUAAAGAUCCUGGAUUUUGGCUUGGCCCGACACACAGAUGACGAGAUGACCGGGUAUGUGGCUACGCGAUGGUACAGGGCUCCUGAGAUCAUGCUGAACUGGAUGCAUUACAACCAGACAGUUGAUAUUUGGUCAGUGGGAUGCAUUAUGGCUGAACUGUUGACUGGAAGAACAUUGUUCCCUGGUACAGACCAUAUUGAUCAGUUGAAGCUCAUUUUGAGACUCGUUGGAACACCAGGGCCUGAGCUUUUGAAGAAAAUCUCCUCAGAGUCUGCAAGAAACUACAUUCAGUCUUUGUCUUACAUGCCGAAAAUGAACUUUGAAAAUGUGUUUAUUGGUGCCAAUCCACUAGCCGUGGACUUGCUAGAGAAGAUGUUGGUACUGGAUACAGACAAACGAAUUACUGCAGCUGAAGCAUUGGCUCACGCCUACUUUGCUCAGUAUCAUGACCCGGACGAUGAACCAGUGGCAGAUCCCUAUGACCAGUCUUUUGAAAGCAGAGAACUUGAGAUUGAAGAAUGGAAAAGCCUGACUUACGAUGAAGUAAUCAGCUUUGUGCCACCACCGCUUGACCAAGAGGAGAUGGAGUCCUGAGAAACCGCUCUCUUCUGUUGUCCCACUUCACUGUGAGGGGAAGGCCUUUUCGUAGGGACUCUCCAAUUAUCGUUCAAGUGCCUCGUCACAACAAUAUUCUCCUUGGUGGAGGGGUUUUGUGUGUGUUGAAUGGGGGGGGGGGGCGGAGGGGAGGGAAGAAAGUUGAGUCUAUGUAAACAUGCUGCAUGCUCUCUUGUAUUCUGUGUUCAGCCUGGGGCAAGGCUCUGAAGACCUGUUCUGACUGCUCUUUAGUCCUUCCAGCGUAACAGCGCUCGGCCAGUUUGCGCUGCUGGGGCGAGGUGGGGAAGUCGACGUUUAAAGUUUUGGUUGCAAUCGUUGCCAUUUAUCAAUUCUUCUACAAUUAAGUAACCUCAAAAUCAUGAAAGUUGGUUUAUAGGCCGAGUGCUCUGUUUGCUUCAGGACUGAAGGUAGGGUUGAGGGAUGUCCUUGUUCAAUGCCAGCUGGCUGAUUUACAUCCAGAUCUUCCUGGUACAGCAGAAUGUACAGGCCUUCUGAUGUCUGAUUCUUGGAACUUGAAAAGGUUUUGUUUGAAACUGUAAAUAUGUUUGUGCCUUAAAUGACUGGGGAGAGAGGGGAAAGGAAGUCUGGAGUGGAAAUCUCUGACCCACUGCUUUUUGGGGUGAAGGCUCCCAGAUAGCCAGGUAUGAACUUGAUGCAAUCAGGAAAUAACUUUCCAAGGGAACAGCUUCUACCCCUGGAUUGAGUAUUCCUGUAUUUUUCCCUCUUCCCCUCCUCUCGUUCUGAGGCUUCCCAGCAUUAGCUCCCAGGAGACAGAGGCUGGAGGAGAUUCUUGCUAGCCACAUGUUUGUGUAUUUUGUUCCUUAAAAGGUGGGGUGUUUUUGCAUGUCGUAGCUGUAUGUGCACGUAGAGCUGCUUGAUUUGUGUCGUUAUGUUUUUGGGGAUGGCACUGGGGCAGUUAAAUCAUCGGUGAACUAUUUUACUGAGUACCUCAGCCAGUGCCGUGAAAUCACAGCAUCCUUCCUGUUGUGCUGCAGCUUGUUGUGAAACACCUGCCAUUCUGGAGGCUUUGAUGAGGAAAGGAUAAAAUAUAUGGCAUAGAAACAUGCACCUUGGUGUUCUGAUCUUCUGGUUUCACAGGAGGAGAGCUUGGGACAGAGGGGUUCUUGUGAGAGCAGAUGUAAAAAAUGUUCUUCAAAGAAACAACUAUGGCGUCUUGUGCCAGAACUUGUUAUUUCCUGAAAAGAAUUUUUUUAGAAGUAUUGGAAUCCAAAGCAAAGAAAUAAGCAUGCAUAAAACCACAAUCUCCCUUUCGCUGUCUAUAUCUAUAAAUAUUUAUAUAUAUAUAUAUAUA